AUGGUAUCAGAGCCACGCUCGUAUCUCGCCAUCGUCACCGGCGUGGCUAGCCAAGGAGGACAUGCGACGACGACACCAAUAGUUGGAUCGCCGAUACGCACGACCUCAGCAACAACUCCACAGAGGAGUUCUCAUCCACAGAGGAGCCAUGCAGUGGAAGAUAUGGAAAAUCCGUACUUCCUCAGUGCAAGUGAGAAUCCGUCCACGAUCCUAGUUAGUCCUCCAUUAACAGGGAGUUCUAACUACGCUUCCUGGUGCAUCUCAAUGAGAAUUGCUUUGGAAGUCAAAAAUAAGUGGUGUCUCGUUGACGGGAGUCUUCCGGCACCGAGCAGAGACCACAAUCGCUACGCAGCUUGGAAGCGAUAUAGUUUGAUGGUUUGUUCGUGGAUCUUCAGGUCGGUGGACUCAUCGAUCGCUCAAUCUAUCAUGCAUCUGGACAAAGCAGCAGACGUGUGGGAGGAUUUGAGAAAGCGGUUUGCACAGUAUGAUGCGCAGAAAAUCUCCGUAUUACAAAACGAGAUCUAUGACUUAAAGCAAUGUAAUCUCUCUAUUAGUGAUUACUAUACAAAAUGUAGAAUUAUGUGGGAACAAAUGAAUGCAUUAAGGCCUAUUCCUAUAUGCAAGUGUGAUCCGAAAUGUGCCUGUGAUCUUAUUGAUGUGAUUAGAAAGGAACGGGAAGUCGAUCAGGUCAUACGUUUUCUUCAGGGACUAAAUGAUGAGUAUAAUGGCUUGAAAUCUAAUAUCCUUGUGCUUGAUCCGUUGCCAGAAGUGUAUAAAGUGUUUGUGAUGACAGAAAAAGUAGAAAGGCAGAUUGGUACAUCAAGUUUGAAUGUAAAAAGUAUGGAGUUCAGCCAGGCCAACGCGGUUCAGAGUGCAGAUGAUAUGGUUGCUGCUAUGAAGACGUACAAUGUCAAGAGGUAUGGAAACAAUGGAAGCAGUAAACCUAAGUGUGUUUAUUGUGGAAUGACGGGGCAUACGAUUGAUAAAUGCUACAAAAAGCACGGUUAUCCCCCCGGUUGGGUCCCAGGUUAUAAGUCCAAGAUGAAACAGCAGAGUGCCGCACCUGUGAUGAGUAACACUGCUGAUUUGGGGAUCUCCAAUGAUCAGUUUCAGAAGCUAAUGUUGGCUUUGCAAAAUCAGUUGGGGCAGCCUGCUGGUUCCAGUGCUACAGCAGCAGUAUCUUUAAUCCCAAAAUUUACUGAGGAGGCUAAAGAAGGCAGGAGAUGAAGUUAGCCUACCAAAUGGAAAUCGAA